AUGAACCAAAAAAUCCUCUCCGCCGUCCGUGGUGGUGUCGAGUACGACACAAUCUAUCCUGCCGGUUUCGACCAGAACUCCGCCCAAGGUACCGCCAGCAUCGUCGCCAAGGUCAAAAACACCCUCGCUUCCAACCCAAACGCGUGCUUCAUCCUUGAAGGUUACUCUCAGGGUGCUGCUGCUACUUGCAACGCUCUCCCCCAACUCACGGGUGCUGCUUUCGACGCUGUUAAGGGUGUCAUUCUGAUCGGUAACCCUGAACACAAGCCUAACCUCGCUUGCAACGUUGACGGUAACGGUGGUAAGACGACUUCCAGCGCUAGGGGUCUCGAGGCUGCUUUCUCGCAGGGUGUGCCUUCGAACUGGGUGUCGAAGACGAUUGAUUUCUGUAUUAACGGUGAUGGUGUUUGCGAUAUUAGCUCGGGCUUAGGUAUUACUGCUCAGCACUUGCAGUACCCCUUCAACUCUUACGUCCAGAACACGGGUGCUAGCUUCGCUAUCAAGGCUCUUCAGGGAUAA